AAAACUUAUUCCAUAAUUUGAGGCAUCUGGUAUAUCUUUACUUAUGUCGUCCCACGUACCAAAAGGUUCAGUGUGAGAGAAUACUAUAAAAUUUCUUGGUUUCAAAAAUUCCAAAGACGUGAUUUUUCCGUCCAUGAAGUCCUUAAAGCUUGGCAUUGUAGGCGAAAGAACCGAAUACUGCUUCCAUUCUUUAAUCUUAAGAGCUUUAUCUUCUGUUAAUAAGCGAAGUGAUCUCCACAAAGUUCAUUCUCUCAUAGUAAUUUCAGGCCAGCACCAAUCAACAUUCUUCUGUGGAAAACUCAUCUCAAAGUACUCCCAAUUCAAAGACCCUGUUUCUUCAUUGUCCAUUUUCCGCAUAAAUUCACCUACCCAUAAUAUUUACUUAUGGAACACUGUCAUUAGAGCCAUGGCCCAUAAUGGGUUAUGGUCUAAAGCAUUAGACUUUUAUACCCAAAUGAGAAAAUUAAAUGUUAAGCCUGAUAAUUAUACAUUUCCUUCGAUAAUAAAUUCGUGUGGCAGUUUAUUGGAUCUUGAAAUGGUGAAAAUUGUACAUACUGAUGUUUUGGAGAUGGGUUUUGGAUCAGAUUUGUAUAUAUGUAAUGCUUUGAUUGAUAUGUAUGCAAGGAUGAACGAAAUAGGGAGAGCGCGUGAGGUGUUUGAUAAAAUGCCUAGUAGAGAUGUGGUUACCUGGAAUAGUUUAAUUUCAGGGUAUAGUGCGAAUGGGUAUUGGGAAGAGGCUUUAGACGCUUUUCAAGAGGGAAGGUUAUCAGGUGUUGUCGCUGAUGCUUUUACUGUGUCGAGUUUUUUACCUGCUUGUGGGGGUUUGAUGGAGGUUGAACAGGGACAAAUAGUUCAUGGGUUGGUGGAGAAGAGUGGCAUUAAGGGGGAUAUGACUGUGAGUAAUGGACUGCUUUCGAUGUACUUUAAGUUUGAGAGGUUGUUGGACUGUCAGAGAAUCUUUGAUGAGAUGAUAUUUAGAGAUAUUGUCACUUGGAAUAUCAUAAUUUGUGGGUUUUCUCACUCGGGGUUAUAUCAGGAGUCCAUCAAAUUGUUUCGAGAAAUGGUUUAUGUUUACGAGCCAGACCUGCUUACAAUUACUUCUGUUUUGCAAGCUUGUGGGCAUAUGGGGGAUUUAAGAUUUGGAAGAUAUGUUCAUGACUAUAUUUUGGAAAACAGAUACAAAUGUGACACGACCGCUUGCAAUAUCAUAAUUAACAUGUAUGCAAGAUGUGGUGAUUUGGUGGCUGCAAGGCAAGUUUUUGACAACAUGAAAAGAUGGGAUUUGGUCUCAUGGAACUCAAUGAUUAGUGGUUAUGUUGAAAGCGGGUUUAAUAAAGAAGCAGUAGAUCUGUUUAAGAUAAUGAGGAUAGAUUUGCAACCUGAUUCUGUCACUUUUGUGACGCUUCUCUCAACCUGCACAAAGUUGAUGGACGUGGAUUUUGCAAGAGAGUUUCACUGUGAUAUAAUUAAGAGAGGAUAUGAUUCCACUCUUACUGUGGCCAAUGCUCUUCUAGAUGUGUAUGCGAAAUGUGGUAAAAUGGAGCAUUCAGUGUGGCAAUUUGAGAUCAUGAGUACUAGAGAUAUUGUAACGUGGAAUACUAUUAUUGCUGCCUGUAGCCAUUAUGAGGAAAGUUAUGUAGGUUUAAAGAUGCUAAGUAGGAUGAGAAUGGAAGGAAUCAUGCUAGAUGUGGUUACCAUUUUAGGUUCUCUGCCUUUGUGCUCCUUACUUGCUGCUAAAAGACAGGGAAAAGAGCUUCAUGGCUUCAUUAUCAGGUUCAAUUUUGAGUCACAUGUCCCUGUUGGAAAUGCACUGAUCGAGAUGUACUCUAAAACUGGGAGUUUAAAAAAUGCAAUCUUUGUCUUUGAGCACAUGAGGAUUAAAGAUGUGGUGACAUGGACAGCAAUGAUCUCUGCAUAUGGAAUGUAUGGCGAAGGAAAGAAGGCUCUCAGAUCUUUUCAGCAGAUGAAGGAGAAGGGUACUAUUCCCGAUCAUAUUGUUUUUGUUUCCGUUAUAUAUGCAUGUAGCCAUUCUGGUUUAGUGCAAGAUGGCCGUGCAUGCUUUAACCAAAUGAGAAAUAAAUACAACAUUGAGCCUAGGAUUGAACAUUAUGCUUGCAUGGUUGAUCUUUUAUCACGUUCUGGGCUACUGGCUGAAGCAGAGGAUUUUAUCCUUUCUAUGCCGCUGCAGCCUGAUGCAAGUAUGUGGGGAGCUCUACUUAGUGCUUGUCGAGCUAGUGGAGAUACCGAGACUUCUGAGCGUGUCGUAGAACGCCUUGUUGAAUUGAACUCUGAUGAUCCUGGGUAUAAUGUUUUAGCUUCCAAUGUAUAUGCCACCUUAGGGAAGUGGGACCAAGUGAGGACAAUACGAAAAUUUUUGAAAGCUAGAGGACUUAGGAAAGACCCAGGAUGUAGCUGGAUUGAGAUUUGUAACAGAGUUUUUAUUUUUGGCACUGGUGAUAGGUCCUUUCAACAAUUCGAGCAAGUCAAUGAGCUCAUAGAGGACCUCAAUAGAACAAUGGAUAAGGAAGGUUAUGUUGCUGACUUAAAAUUUGUUUUGCAUGAUGUCGAUGAAGAUGAGAAGAUAAAUUUGCUUUAUGGGCAUAGUGAAAGACUUGCUAUAGCAUUUGGAUUGUUGAACACAAAAGAAGGUUCUCCUUUGCAAGUAAUGAAGAAUCUAAGGGUUUGUGGGGAUUGCCACACUUGGACCAAGUAUGUGUCAAAAAUUGUUCAGAGGGAAAUACUAGUUAGAGAUGCAAAUCGCUUUCACUUGUUCAAGGAUGGGACAUGUAGCUGCAGAGACCGCUGGUAAUUAAAGUCUGUUGUCCUUCCUAAUACUUAAAAGAUGGAAAGAUCCCUGCAAUUGAGGAAAUUGAGGUACUAUCAUUUGAAAACAAUCUGGAGGUGAGAUAUCUUUCUGCUAUUAGAUUUGUGAGAUUUCGAGCUAUAUCUCCUGUACUACGUUUCUACCUUUAGUUGCAGGAUUGGUGCAGUAGUCGAUUAGAUAUGACAUCUGGACCUAACUCAACCCCCAAAGCUAGCUCAUUAGAGGAGGAUUGUCCAAGUCCAUAUAAGGAGAGCACCAGUCCAUUCCCCAACCAAUGUGGGACUUUUUACCCACUCUAACACCCCCCUUCACGCCCAAGCCCAACUGGAGCAUGGACCGGGAGCCCAAAUGGGGAUGGACCUGGCUCUGAUACCAUAUAAAGAUAUGGCACCUAGGCCUAACUCAACCCCAAAAGCUAGCUCAUGAGAGGAGGUUUUCCCAAGUCCAUAUAAGGAGACUACCAGUCCAUUCCCCAACUAAUGUGGAACUUUUUACCUACUCUAACAAGGACUUCCAUAUCUGGUAAGUCUCUACUUUUUAAAGGUAAAACUGCUGUAAUAGAAUUUGUGAGCCAUCUCAAGUUCUAUUUACUUCUGUGUAUUUCUGUCGACUCAUUAUCAGGUAUUUUCAUUAGAAACUCUUUUAUGCUGCGACAGUAGUUCAGAUAAAUGGUUGCACUUUUGUCUUUUCUUGUUUAUUUGUUUUAAUUUUGAUCAUUGUCGUUGAAGGUCCUGUUUUUUUCCGGUGGAAUAGUGUGCCUACUUGGUCAUUUGGAAGUAGAAGAUAGUGAUGCAUUAAAAGGUAUACUAUUAUAUUUCUUUUUUGGUAGGUCAAGGGUACAUUAAAUUUCUUGCUGUGGACCACCUUGUUCUGGACGUUUAAUUCAAUAGUCCAACCAUGUAAACCGCAAAUAUCAGUCCACUUAUCAUGUAUGGGUUUGUACGUACAUCAAAGAAAAGAAAUAUAACUGGUAGAUCCAUGACCAUGAGCUUCUUUUCUGUUGAUCUUUUCAUCCAUCAAUCAUAUCUAGUUGAGUACAAUCUACAUAUUGACACUUCUGCUUUAUGUGAUUCAAAAGUAACAGAUAUAUUGCCAGUCUCAAUAGACUCUUAACACAUACAAAUCCAUUAAUGCUAUUCAUACAAUAAAACCGCUCACUUGGAGCCCCCACAAGCUGUAGUUCUGUCUGUAAAACGGGCAACAUCGCCACUUUUCAUUCCAUACUUUGAAGUAAGAUCCGCUUUACUUAGCUUAAGAAGCUCAGGAAGGGAAUUCCCAGACUCCUCAAGCGUAUCCGCAUAUUGCAUCAGUGCACGAUGAUGCAGGGAAAUUGUUGACACAGAUUUGCAAAACAAUAUGAAGAUGAACCCCAGAUGAUUUUCUUGAGAAAUAUACAAGAAAGGGUGAAUUUAUCAGUAAAGAGAACCUUUUGUCGUUGAGUCAUGUUCAACGUGUUCAUAUCGUCUGCAUUCAUAGUCUUCAAGGUUGGUACAUCAUCCCAGCCUUCCUCCAGCAGCUUUGGUAAAAGUCCUUGCAGAGAUCCAUUUCCAACAAAGUCCUCAAUUGUGAAAGAAGCCAUCUUCUUCUCAAGCAGAGUUAGAGAGAGAUAGAUACUUGGAAGAAAGUCCUGUUUAUCCAUGUUUGAAACAGUAACACUAUCUAUGGCUUUGGUCAAUUCCUGUCCAAAUGUUACAUGUAAUCUUACAGUGACUGAUGAACUACUUCACUCAGAAGAUCUUUUCAUUACUGCAAUAAACUAGUUUAUCUUAUUUGUUGAA